AUGCUUUCCCUGAUGCUCUCCCUGAUGCUUUCCCUGAUGCUCUCCCCUGAUGCUUUCCCUGAUGCUCUCCCUGAUGCUCUCCCUGAUGCUCUCCCUGAUGCUCUCCCUGAUGCUCUCCCUGAUGCUUUCCCUGAUGCUCUCCCUGAUGCUCUCCCUGAUGCUCUCCCUGAUGCUUUCCCUGAUGCUUUCCCUGAUGCUUUCCCUGAUGCUUUCCCUGAUGCUUUCCCUGAUGCUUUCCCUGAUGCUUUCCCUGAUGCUCUCCCUGAUGCUCUCCCUGAUGCUCUCCCUGAUGCUCUCCCUGAUGCUUUCCCUGAUGCUUUCCCUGAUGCUUUCCCUGAUGCUCUCCCUGAUGCUUCCCUGAUGCUUUCCCUGAUGCUUUCCCUGAUGCUUUCCCUGAUGCUUUCCCUGAUGCUUUCCCUGAUGCUUUCCCUGAUGCUUUCCCUGAUGCUCUCCCUGAUGCUUUCCCUGAUGCUUUCCCUGAUGCUUCCCUGA